UGCUGACAAAUCAACCAUCUGAUUAUCUGUUCUGGAAGUUUGCCUAGGACUAACAUCAAGCCUGAGGAACUUUCCAUUUUCUAUCUGCCAGGCACUGUGGUUGGAGCUGUAUGUCAAUUAUCUUCUUGAUAUGAAACCAACUAAGUGGCCAUCGACCAAUGAGUGGAUAAAGAAAAUGUGGUAGAAAUACACCAUGGAAUACUACUCAGCCAUAACAAAAAUGAAAUAACGUCUUUUGCGCAAAUUGGAUGGAGCUGGAGGCCAUUAUUCCAAGUUAAGUAACUCAGGAAUGGUAAACCAAAUAUCGUAUGUUCUCCCUUAUAAGUGAGAGCUGAGCUAUGAGGACACAAAGACAUACAGAAUGAUAUAAUGGACUUUAGAGGCUAGGGGUGGGGGAGGUUGGGAAGGGGGUGAGGGAUAAAAGACUACAUAUUGGGUGCAGUGUACACUGCUCGAGUGACGAGUGCACUAAAAUCUCAGCGUUCACCACCAUAGAGUCCAUCCGUGUAACCAAAAACCACUUGUACCCCAAAAGGUACUGAAAUUAAAAAAAUUUUUUUUUAAAAAGCAUCUCCUUAAUUCACAAAUUCCUCUGAGGGUAGUACCACAAGUCCCAUUUUACAGAUGAGGCCCCUGAGGCUUCAGCAAGUCUCAGGGACUCACCACAGUCACUCAGCUAGUAAGAAAAGGAACAAAGACUGGAAUUUUACCUAACUCCAAGGUCCAUGUUCUUAAUCACCUGUGACAAUCCCCUCUCAUAUAUCCAGCAGCUGAUGAAGCCUUUCUCUCAGGAAACCAACUGGACGUAGACGUGUCAUGUCCGUCUUAUAUGCAAUAUGGUGAAUCAGGAGGAGCCGUGAAAGGACGGCUCACUAAGUUACUCUCCCAAAUGUUUAUGUUUGUUUAGACAGUGACCAUCAUGACCACCAGGGAAGAUCACUUUCUGAUUCUGCUGCCCUCGCCUCCUGGACAAAAGCAGAGCAGAGAAGCAGCAUAAACCCUAGUUGGGGGCCUAAGAAUGAUCCCCAACUCUCCACUGCAAACCACUGGGAUCAGGAAGCCUCCGGGUGAUGCCCUCUCCCUCUUGUUUCGCUUUUUAAAUAGGUAAGCUGCACAGAGCGAAGCACUGUUGCGUAUUUCUGGACAGCUUAUUUCUCUUGCAGAGGAAGACUGAUAUACACAACUAAAAGACACUAACAUGGGAGAAGAUUUGAGGGAUUAGAAGGAUGGUGAAGGCGUGGUUGUCCAAAAUCCCCCUCUGAGGAGAGAUGACUGAUAUCUGGCUGUCAUUCCAAAAAGCUUCUGGUUGACAAAUACUGUCUGGUAUUUCCUUGCUGAUUUCUUACCCUCACACCGCAAGCCCUGAUCUCUGUGGUCCACUGUGCAAAUGCAAAUUACCUGAAUCAGGCUGCUGGUGACUCACCAACUCCCCUUUAAAGCAACAUCGGGUUCAACGCAGUGACUGCUCAGUAGAAGCCAUGGCUCGCAGACACUGCUUCUCCUACUGGUUACUGGUAUGCUGGUUGGUGGUAACUGUGGCAGAAGCACUGUCCACUUUCUAUCUCCAGCAGCAUAUUAAUUUGCACAUGGACAAGAAGAGGUAUUUACCCCUCCUGGAGACUCACAAAAUAACGCAGACGCUACCGACUGCCAGAUCUUUACACUCACCCCUCCACCCGCCCCGAGGAGUCCGGUCACAAGGGUCCAGCCCAUCACAAACACACCCAGGUGUCCCUUCCAUUUUUUUCCACGAAGGCCCAGAAUCCAUUUUCGGUUUCCAAACAGACCUUUCCUCCCUUCAAGGUGUAACCACCGUUUUCCAUUCCAGCCAUUUUAUUGGCCACACCGUCACCUUACUUAUAGAUAUUUCCCCAGAAGAAGACUCCAGAGAGGAAGCUCAUCUGAGGAAAGCUGAGAGGGAAGAGAAACCCAAACAUACUGAAGCAAGAAGCCUAUCCUUCAGAAAAAAGCAACAAAAAGAUUUCUGUUUUAUCUUUCGAAACUAAAACUAUUGGAUUUGAAGAUUAAGUAUCCUAAACACCACUGACUAGAAACUGUUCUCUUUGUCAGCAGUGAAGAUAUUGGAUCAUAGGUUAUUGAUGUUUGCAAAAUUGAACAAUAACCACGUUAUUUUUAUCCUCAACCUCUUAUGGUCACGGGAUAUUUAUGCAAAUAAAAUCUUUAAAUGGG